GUUAGCCGCAUCCGCAGGCAGGUAAUCUCCCCAACUUUUGACUAUCGUAUGUCUGAAGUUAGUCUUGAGGUUGAGGCGGAGAAGGCCUCGGCCGAGGACCCUCAGAUGGAUUGUGAGGAGGCUGACAAAGCCGAGGGGAGUUUAAGUGAGGAUCAGAGGCAGGAGAGUGCAGACGGUAGUGAUGGAGGAGAGGCCGUAGCUGAUGUGCUGUACGACAUCAAUAUUAACAGUGAUGAAGAGAGUGCAGAGUCCAGUGGUAAGGAUGUUCGGCAGGAGGGCGGGGGCGCUAAAAGUGCGCUGUCUAGGGGGGUAGACGCUGGAGGACAUGAGGCGAAGCGUCCGGCAGAGAUGACCGAAGCACCAGAGGAAAGUGGAGAAUCUCACUCUGAGACGCAGGAGAGCACCAUGGCUGAAGAGUCCCAGAGAAGCUCAGCUGCUGAGAUCCCUGUCACCAGCAAUGGGGACCUGGAUCAGAGCCCUGAAACAGUUUUCCAGAGGGACCCCCACUCCACUACACCAGGUCCCAUAAAGCCGUCAGAGUCUUAUGUCGUCUCCAGCAACUCGCCUCCAACAGUAGAGGGCAUCAUCGAAUCAGGACCAUACACAGGGUCAGCAAGCCUGCCCACAUCUCCCGUGUCGCCUGUAGCUCCCAGCGCGGCUGUUGCUAGCCGCCUGGCGCGCUCCUUCAGCGAUAGCCAGGCAGAGAAAGGCAGUGGAGCGGUGGUCCUCUCAGAUGACUUAAAGAACCCAGCCAUGGAAAAACUGGACCUAGUGAGAAAGUGGAGCAUCAACACAUAUAAAUGUACCAGACAGAUCCUGUCUGAGAAGCUGGGUCGGGGCUCAAAGACCGUGGACCUGGAGCUGGAGGCGCAGAUCGAAUUGCUCCACGACAACAAAAGAAAGUACCAGCAUGUGAUCAAGCUGGCUCAGACGCUAGCCAACCAGCUGUCCCAGAUAAUGCAGACGCAGAGGCAGCUGGGCGACGCCUUCGCCGACCUCAGCCUCAAGUCACCAGAGCUCCACGAGGAGUUUGGAUACAACGCCGACACCCAAAAGCUUUUGUCAAAAAAUGGAGAGACGCUGCUCGCUGCCAUCAACUUCUUCAUCGCUAGCGUGAACACACUGGUGAACAAAACUAUCGAGGAUACCAUGAUCAACAUCAAACAGUACGAAGUUGCCAGGGUGGAGUACGAUGCCUACCGCACUGAUUUGGAGGAGCUGAAUCUGGGGCCGCGUGAUGGCAACACCAUGCCUAAGAUUGAGCAAUCGCAGCAGCAAUUCCAGCUCCACCGAGAGAAAUACGAGAGGAUGCGGAACGACGUGUCUGUGAAGCUGAAGUUCCUGGAAGAGAACAAGGUGAAGGUAUUGCACAACCAGCUCAUCUUGUUCCACAACGCCAUCGCGGCGUACUACGCCGGAAACCAGCAGCAGCUGGAACAGACACUCAAGCAGUUCCACAUCAAGUUGAAAAUGCCAGGCGGAGACAGCCCCUCUUGGCUGGAAGAGCACUAAACCCACUUUUCUUCCGUUUUUUUCUUUUUUCUAUCUCCUAUUUUUUUGUGAAAUUUCGGCUCAGUUUGACAUGUCAGAUGCUGCAGAAACUACAGGAAACUCCACCCCUUUUCAUUGUACUGUCACUGCUUUUUAAAGUUUCAAAAGUGUAAAUCUCCUAACAAAAAUCACAUGAAUAUAUGACAAAAAGAAAAACAGAACUUCCACACUCCUUUUGACCUGUCUUGUCGAAUCCUUCCCAAUCAUAAGAAAUGCACUUUUCUACUGUUUGACAGAUCAUUUGAAUAGGAGGUGCUGCAGUAAUAACAUCUUGAAACUCUAAAUGGCCUUUUGUGUUCCAGCAAAUGAAUGUUGUAUCCCUGCACAGCAGACCUGUUGGCUUUGUGAGGGCCAUUUUAAUCACAAUCUAUACAUUAAUUUAUCAUACCAGCUGACUUUGAGUGGGAGGAAUGCUUUGCUAAAGUCUAAUCAGGAGCUUUUUACCUUUCUGUUUUCUUCUCUUGUAUGAAGAUCUUUUUGUGGUAGAUUGGACAAUGUUGCAUUCAGACUUCAGAAUCAUACAAAUUGGUCACUUGUACCAGAAACUUGGCCUUACAUGGUAAUUUUAGGGAAUUUGCUUUCUUGCCAAGGUUAAAGUGAGACGCUUUGUACUUCUUUUUCUCAGCGUGAGGCAUCAACAUGGGAAACGGUGGUAAAGGCAGAUUCUGUUUGUUUUUGUUUUGUUUUCAUUGUCUUGUCUUAAGUUAAUGGAUUUAACCAAAGUGUACAAUCUCGGGCUGUGCUUUUACAGAGGUUUCUGUGGCCCUGGACAAAGUUAGACCUUUUUUUGUCUUUGCCGAUAGCUGACUUUUUUGCUGAGCUCCUAAAACACAGGCCUUUGGCCUCAGCUUCAGGGUGAGCAAGCUGAUCCAUAUCAAAGGGUUGUACAUCAUCUCCUAACUUUUGCAAAGCCAAAGCAUUUCCCAAAAAUCUGAAACAUUGUUUUUAGCUUGUACACACGUUCAGGGCAAAUAGAUGAAAAGUAAAAGUUGUUGCUUCCCUUGAAAAACACUGAAUAUGAAGGACCAGCCUUAUGUGACUAUAUGUGCCUUGAAUUAUCUCCUCUCUUUCCUGUCGACACACCCACCCUCACUGCCAGUUUUGAGGGCCUACUCUUCUCAGAAGAGAAUGGACCAAACAAUCUCCCACACACUCAAAGUUAGUGCAAGUGGAGACUGUAUAACUUAACAUGUUUAUACACACCACAAAAACUCCAUUAAGUUAAGGGGGAAAAAAUCUAUUUUUGAAGACAUACUGUUCUCAAAGAUUUUUAUCCUUAUUGCACUUCUGCACAUUAAUGCAUUUAAGACUACAGAAACUUUGUAAGAACUGUAUAUGAAAGGUGUAAACCAAAAUACAUUUAACUUGACGAAAUCUUUUUUUCUUUUGUUUUGUUUUUUAUGUAAAGACCAGCAUCCUUUCUUUGGCUGCUUCCUCCAUAUACUCCAUUUGGCUUUAUGAAAGUGUAUUUUUUUCAUAGAGAAAUUCUUUAUGAUGGCAUAAACAACCAGCUGUCAAUUCCUUGUUGCUAUUUUCGUAUGAAUUGCUACAAAAAUGUCAUGUUGUGAAAACCUCCUACACACGUGUGCGCGUAUGUGUGUGUAUGUAUAUAUACAUGUAUAUGUAUAUGUG